GACGUAGCGUGUGACGAAGAAGAAGGUUUAUUGAGUUCGUAAACUCAUUUGAAUAUAGUGAUAGGAUGGCAUAAGGGUCUUUAUUUAACUAUGCUAAAAUAAUUAUUAAAGACCCUAGAUGCAAAAUCGUCAACUAUUGAGUUAAAUGCAUUAUUAGAUGGAUUUUAAAGGAUAAUUAAAGACAUCGAGUUUACCACGACCUACAGAAGGGUGUCAUAUUAAUACCCAACCCACCUCGAAUGAACAUCAUCGCACACAGUCAUCUUCAGCAUUGAGGUUCAAUUUAAAGACAAACCAUGGCGCCAAUCUACUUCGCUCUCGCGACUACGCUGACGGUACUGAUGACGUCAUACAGAGGACUUCAUGCUCAGAUGAUCGCGGAUGCCGAUCGUUUGUUAACCAACUUAAUGCAGGAUUACAAAAAAACUUUCCGGCCUGUGUUAAAUCAAUCGAAACCGGUUUUUAUAAAUACUGAUUUAGAGCUCGUCAAAAUUCAAGAUUUUGACGAAGUCGACGAGAAAAUAUCGUUUACGGCGAUAUUGUACCUUUACUGGUACGAUGAGCGACUUGUUUGGGACCCCAAAGGUUAUGGUGGUAUUUCAACCCUCAAUAUUCACCUCAGUCAGAUUUGGGCUCCGGAAAUGGUCCAGACGAACAGUGUCGAGAAAAUAUACCGUCUUUCCGAAGAUUGGCACGCAGUGAGGGUCAAUAACUCGGGGUUUUGCUUAUAUUAUAUUGGCAACGUGUUUAGUUCGUCUUGCGAAGUCGACGUUACUUUCUAUCCAUUUGAUAAACAGAAAUGCGAGAUAGACUUCAUGCCGGCGUAUUACGAACCUACUAAGAUGGUUGUGCUUACGUUCAGGAAGGAAGCGUUAUUGACAUAUUACAACGAGAAUGGCGCAUGGGAUCUCGUGAGAACUGCUGCGAGAACAAAACUAGACAAUCGUAUUGUGUCUUUCGAGAUCGAGAUAGUGAGGAAACCUGGAUUUGUGAUAAUAAAUAUGAUACUUCCCCUUUUGUUAAUGUCCGUGCUGAAUAUCCUGGUCUUUUUGAUCCCUACAGAGUGCGGAGAGCGCAUCGCUUACUGCCUGACGGUGCUACUGUCUAUUGCGGUCAUCCUGACGCUUGUGGGAGACAACCUCCCGAAGAACUCGAGCCCGAUGUCAUUGUUCAGUUACUAUAUGUUGUCCUUGCUCGUAAUCAGCGUCGCCAUCACGGUCGCUGUCAUAUGCAGCCUGCACGUGUACCACAGAAGUGGCAAGCAACCGGGAACCGUGUGGAGGGCCAUCACCAGGGGCCUCAAAUGCUGCACUGUCCGGCGGUCUUCCGAUUUUCUGGACUCCACAAAGCUUGAAAGCGAGGAAAUACGCUUUAUGAAUGUAAUGCCAUACCCGACAUACACUCGUUGUGGAUUAAUCAUGGACCGACCAAUGUAUAUUUACGGGGGUUUGUCUUCAGAUUGUCCGGAGACCACAAAACGUCGGAGGGUAGAAACGCGCGACGAUGAAACGAGUAGCGCAUUCGUGGAAAUUACGUGGGCAGAUGUGAGCGUUGCCUUGGAUAAAAUAUUCUUCGUGUUUUUUGUUCUUACUUUGGUUACUGUAUCAGUGUUCUUUCUGUUGAUUAUUUACAACAGCACAACACUAUAAAAUGGAACACUUAACGUUUUGUAUUCCGAAAAAGGGACACAGAAACUUCGGCAUAAGGAUAUUGCUGUAAUUUAAAUGAAGUAUACAUAAUUUAAAAAGAGUCGCUUGCUCAGAAAUUUACGUUAACAUUUAUAUGUUUCAUUGUGACACUAUGUUUGAAAUUUCCAAUUAAGUGUUUGUGUCUGAAAUACGUUUUUUUCGCAAAAGGAUGAUUAAUGCUUGCGAUGAGCUAGGAUGCACACCAUUGGUAUUUUGUUGUUGUUUUCGUCGGAAUACUUUUUAUCGUCAAUCUCACAAUGAAAUUAUGUAUUUUUUUAUGAAUUCGAAUGAUUUGGGAACAUUUUUUUUUCAAUAUUAAACUUUUCUAUACUUUGCUAUCAUAUUGGAAAUGUGAUCUUGCGGAGAAUAAGUAGUCGUUGUAUCACGAAUGCGCCAGCCAUUUGUUUAUAUAUAUGUCUAUAUGAUGCUUUUUGAAGGAACAAGGUACUAUUAUUAAAAAUUGAGAUAUACGUGGAGGCAAGUACAUGUUCAACAUUAACCUUGAUUCGUGUGUAUCUGCUGGGCUAACAACCUUGAACGCAUAGCAUGUGACUCGAUGAAUUUUAUGCAGACCAUUUGCACGAUUGUUUUACAAAUCAAUUAUUCAUUUACGUUGAAUGUAUGUUUCCACAUCGAAAUCGAUGUCAGAGCAUAAAACUUACAUGUGUUGCAGUUAUUAUAUUUUUAUGGGUAUACACAACUAACAAACUGCUGAGGGUGAGAUUUAUGCCGAUAUGUAUUCGUGUGUGGACGAAAAACAAA